UAGUGUUAGUGUAAGAAACUAAACACGCGGUUUAACAAAACUUAAUCAAACAAAAAAAAAAUUAAAUUUAAUAAUGGCAGAAAUAAUUGAAAAGAAGAAAAAACAUAAGAAAAAAGGGAAGGAAGAAAUUGAAAACUUGGGAGAGAUUCAAAAAUCAGGCGAUUUUCAAUUGAAACCAUCUGACGCUAUUUCAAAAUUAGACACAUCUGACUGGCCUUUACUUCUGAAGAACUUUGAUCGUCUUAAUAUUCGUACAAAUCAUUAUACGCCAUUACCAUUUGGAGCAUCGCCAUUGAAUCGACCACUUAAAGAAUAUAUUAAAACUGGAUUUAUAAAUCUUGAUAAACCAUCAAAUCCCAGUUCACAUGAAGUUGUCGCAUGGAUCAAGCGAAUUCUCAAAGUUGAGAAAACUGGUCACAGUGGAACAUUAGAUCCCAAAGUAACAGGUUGUCUUAUCGUUUGUAUUGAUAGAGCAACCAGAUUGGUUAAAAGUCAACAAAGUGCUGGUAAGGAGUAUGUUGCUGUCUUUAAAUUACAUUCAGCUGUUGAGUCUGUUCAACGAGUUCACCAAGCUUUAGAUAAGCUUCGUGGUGCAUUAUUCCAACGUCCUCCUCUUAUUUCUGCUGUCAAACGUCAACUGCGUGUUAGAACUUGUUAUGACAGCAAAUUACUUGAUUACGAUGAGACUCGCAACAUGGGAGUCUUUUGGGGUAGUUAUGAAGCUGGAUCUUACAUCAGAACAAUGUGUGUUCAUUUGGGACUUGUGUUGGGUGUUGGAGGACAAAUGUUGGAGUUGCGUCGUGUUCGCUCAGGAAUACAAACAGAAAACGAUGGAAUGGUCACAAUGCAUGAUGUUCUUGAUGCUCAAUAUGCUUACGAAAAUCACAAGGAUGAAUCGUUAUUACACCGAGUUAUUAAGCCACUUGAAGGACUUUUAAUUAGUCACAAGAGAAUCAUUGUCAAAGAUAGCACGGUCAAUGCCAUUUGUUAUGGAGCCCAAGUAAUGCUUCCUGGUGUUCUCCGUUAUGAAGAUGGAAUUGAAUUAAAUGAUGAAAUCGUAAUUGUAUCAACAAAAGGUGAAGCUAUUGCAUUAGCUAUCGCUUUGAUGACAACAGCAACAAUGGCGAGUUGUGACCAUGGCGUUUGCGCAAAAUUGAAGCGAGUUAUCAUGGAACGUGACACAUAUCCUAGAAAGUGGGGAAUGGGACCGAAAGCAUCAAAAAAGAAAGAAUUAAUAGCUGCUGGUCAACUUGAUAAGUAUGGAAAGCCAAAUGAAAACACUCCAAAAGAAUGGUUGACUGGUUACGUAGAUUACUCGAAGACUGCUGCAACAACUCAGAAUGGAGCAAGCGAUGAGAAUAAUAAACGAAAAUUAAGUGUUGGUUCAACAGCAGAUACCUCAAUGGACGUUUCAACGACAGAAAAGAAGAAGAAAAAGAAGAAACAGAAAAUGGAUGAAGAAGCUCCAGAUACAAGUAUCGCUGAUGCUUCAAUCACUGCUGAUGAAAUUGCUUUAAAAAGAGAAUCAAAACAACAAAAUUUUAGUUUUGCGUUGAUUUUCAAACAAUUCUGUAGUGAUCGGUCUCUCAAACUUGCAAUGUUAAAGAUUUCAUUUUUAUUUUUAACAUUAACAGCAAUUGUUACUGCAAGAACAUCAGAAAAAUUGAAAGUUCAACUUCAUGAUGGAAGCAGAUUAGUGGGGCGAUAUCUAACAAGUGACUCUGGAAAGGGAAUCCGUGCUUGGAUGGGAGUUCCCUACGCUGAACCUCCAGUAGGAAAUUUAAGAUUCAAGUCUCCGGAGAAGAAAAAGCCAUGGGAUGAUGUUUUGAAAGCUUAUGACAACCCUCCCAUAUGUAUUCAACGUGAUCCAUUCCGAAGAGAUUUAAAAGUUGAAGGAAGUGAAGAUUGUUUGUAUUUGAAUGUUUAUUCUCCUGAAGUCGUUGAAGAACCAUUACCAGUGAUGGUAUUUUUCCAUGGUGGUGGAUACAUGUGUGGAAGUGGAAUCAAACCAUUCUAUGGACCCGAUUAUCUUCUUGAUCACGAUAUCAUUUAUAUUGGAGCUAAUUUCCGUCUUGGUCCACUUGGUUUCUUAUCAACAGAACAAGAAAAUUGUUGGGGAAAUUUCGGCUUGAAAGAUCAAACUCAAGUGCUGCGAUGGAUUAAAGAAAAUAUUGCAUCGUUUGGUGGAAAUCCGGAUUCAGUAACAAUUUUCGGCGAAUCAGCUGGUGGCGCUUCUGUCACAUAUCACAUGCAUUCGAAGUUAUCAAAAGGUCUUUUUCAUCGAGGAAUUUCUGAAUCAGGAACAAAUUUGGCUCCUUGGGGAGCAGUUGCUCAUGAAAAUAUUGCACGAACAAGAGCAGAAAGACUUGGAGAAAUGAUGGGAUGUUCUCUUGAAGACUCAAAUUAUCAAAAAAUGAUUGAAUGUCUUCGUAAUGUACCAGCUUUCAACAUAACUGAAGCAUUUUAUGAUUUCUUCGAAUGGGAUACUGAUCAAAUGGUUCCAUUCCCUCCUGUUAUUGAAGGUCCACACUCAGACGCUUUCUUGACUGAAAAUCCACGAUUUACGACAAAUAUGCAUGGUAAUGAAAUUCCAUGGAUGACGGGAAUCACAUCAGAAGAAGGAGCAAUGAAAUCUGCAGCCUUAAUUUACAAUGAUGAUUUAACUCGAGAUUUAUUGAAGAAUUGGAAUCGUGCUUUACCAAUUUCACUUUAUUACAAUCACUAUUCAGAUCAGAAACAAGCAGCGAUUACAACGAAAAUCAAUGAUUUUUAUUUUAACAAUGAAAAAUUGAAAUUGCAUACUCAACAGAACUUAACUAAUUUAUACACAGAUGGUUGGUUCUUCCAUGCUAUGAUUGAUUACCUUAAACUUCGUUUUUCCAGCGAUAAUCAUGCAGCGACAUACGUUUAUUUGUUCACUCAUAAAGGCUCGUGUAGCUUUACUGAGAUUUUCAAAGGUGGAGCAGAAGCUUAUUAUGGAACAUCACACGCUGAAGAUCUUCAAUAUUUAUUCCCUAUACGAAAAGAUUUGAAAUAUUUUUUCAAUUCAAUUCCAACUGAACAAGAUAAACUUUUAACGAAACUUAUCACGAAACUUUGGGUAUCAUUUGCUUAUUAUAGUGAUCCAACACCUGAAGAUGGAGGCUUAAUCAAGUGGAUUCCUACUGAAGGUUUUCCUUUACACUUUAUGCAAAUUGGUAAUGAAAAUGGAAAGAAUAAUGAUCUUUUGAUCAUGAAAAAAGAUUUAUAUCCCGAACGUGCUGCAUUUUGGGAAAGCUUGAAGGCUCACUAUCCAGUAGAAACUAAUGAAAUGCCAAAGAAUUUUAUUAAAGGAGAAUUAUAAUUAUAAUAUCGCAAACUUUCAUAUCGAAAAUCGUACGAAAUUUAUUUAUUGCUAAAAGUUAAAUGAUAUACUUUUGCUAUUUUAAUUUUUUAUUCUACUGAAUAUUUAAUGUCAUAGCGCUACUAUUUAAAUAAUUUCUAAAAUAAAAUGAAAGUUUUGCAAAGUCCUUUUGAAUAAAUUUUUAAUAUUUAGAUAAUUACAUAUUUCUAUAACGUAGAUGGUUGAUUUUUAUUAUCUAUUCAAUCUAAAAAACUUAGAUAAGAAAAAACCUUCUUCUUUUGUUUUUCUGCUUCAUGUUUUAGCAUUUCUGCCAAUGAUAAUUUGAAAAGUCAGAUUCAAAAUAUUUGAAAUAAAUCUCUAUAAUCCCAUCUGCUUUAAAAAUAAAUAUAUAAUAAUUCGAGCG